UUGUCACUCUCUUCUCCCCCCCCACCCUCCCUCCCUUGUCACUCUCUUCUCCCCCCUACCCUCCCUCCCUUGUCACUCUCUUCUCCCCCCCCCUACCCUCCCUCCCUUGUCACUCUCUUCUCCCCCCCCCUACCCUCCCUCCCUUGUCACUCUCUUCUCCCCCCCUACCCUCCCUCCCUUGUCACUCUCUUCUCCCCCCCCACCCUCCCUCCCUUGUCACUCUCUUCUCCCCCCCCACCCUCCCUCCCUUGUCACUCUCUUCUCCCCCCCCCCCCCCCCCUCCCUUGUCACUCUCUUCUCCCCCCCCCCCCCCCUCCCUUGUCACUCUCUUCUCCCCCCCCCCCCCCCCCUCCCUUGUCACUCUCUUCUCCCCCCCCACCCUCCCUCCCUUGUCACUCUCUUCUCCCCCCCCACCCUCCCUCCCUUGUCACUCUCUUCUCCCCCCUCCCUCCCUUGUCACUCUCUCUUUCUCCCCCCCCCCCCCCCCCUCCCUUGUCACUCUCUUUCCCC